AUGAAUUCUGAGCGAUCCUCCAAACAUGAUGCAACUCAAGAGCACAUACCGCUUGUCGAACUUUCAUCCGACGUGAUUCCGAGAGAUGCUUUAUCUUUCGUAACUUGGGAUGGUCUGCCAAACUUUUACGACUCUGGAUCGCCCUACGACAAUGGCGCGAACUCUCGAAGUCCUCGAAAUGCCAGCACUACUGCUUCCCACCAGUUAUACAAAUAUGAUGAAGUGGAAGAGCAGCAGACGGCGCUCAACAGUGGCAUGGAACCUCAGAAUACCUGCGAUGCCAACAUAGCCUCUUCCCAACAGUCAACGUCCACCGAGCAUCCUGAAACUGGAAAGCAAAAUAUACCGAUCCUAGACUACCCAUCCAAUGAAGACUCAACCGAACACCUUAUAGAGAGUUCUCCUCUAUUAUCAGAAGAUCCCUUUGGCCUAUCCGCAGAUGUGUUAGCAUUUAAUAGUGGUAUUCGAGGCCGCAACAUCAGGGUAGAGGGAAUGCAUCAACCAAAUACUUGUUCAAUAGGGGAAUCUGUUAGGGUCUCUGCGGGUGAAGAUAGCCUUAGCGACGGUGUGGGGGAUGGUGAGGAGCACACUCCGCAAGGACUACCAUUGGGUAUUCGCACCCAAGUCACUACAUGGCUUCCAUAUACUCUGCGUUGGCCCUUUCUCCUUCUCCUGAGCUUAUCAGCGCUCACACUUUCCUUGGCAAUAGCCAUUAUAUCCUGGUAUUCCAGUGUCAAUCAUGGUCUAGGUCGGGAUGAUGGCUCCUCACCUCUGCACUUUGCUUGGCGGUUUCUGCCUCCACUCCUGGCCGUCCUAUAUACCCAGUUGACAGCAAUGCUUCUCGAUGAUGUGAAAAAAACAGAGCCGUUCGCAAGGUUAGCAAAGCCAGGAGGUUCAAUGGCAACUUCAAGCGUGUUGAAAGCACCGGGAGCUUGGUGGAAUGCUCUGGCCGACGGACUUUCGACAAAAAACGGUGGACGAAGAAGCUGGCUAUUAUUCUGCUCUGCAUGCACCAACGUAAUGGCAUUUCUAGCGAUUUCCCCUCUGUCGUCAUCUCUACUAGAGUCGAGAGACGUAACUAUCCGAAGAAACGCUAACUUCACUCGCCUUAUACCUAACGAAAACUCACCCCUCCGGAUGAGUAUGGGAAGAGACACAUACCUGCGGAUCUUGGGACACACCCUUCAGAAUGUCUCUACGUCUGCCUGGAUAUCAGAUAGCUACGCAAUCGUUCCGGCUUGGCCCUCGGCACUUGAGUCCGCUCCUCUUGGUCCCUUACUCUCAUCUUCGCCGGAAGUCUGGGAGAUAGAAACUCAAGUCCUUGAUACAGACCUUGUCUGCGAAAAAAUGUCACUGGCAAGCAGAAAUGUCAUGCAUAACAGCCGUGCAACAAAAAGUGGUCAAUUUUACAAUCAUUCGAAAGCUGAACGAUUUAUCAUACUCUCGACAGAAAGUGGGUGCACUUAUCGUUUUGAACCGGUGCUAAGUUCUCAAGUGCCCAUUCGUGGUGGAUCAUUGUGGUACAACUUAUCAUCAUCGAACACAGUAUUUGAGCAUAGUGGCUUGCACUUAAACCACUCGCGAGGGUGCGACAAAGGAGAAAUUCUAAUUACGAGCACUCCCUGGACGCAAGCCUAUACUCACUUCAACGGAACAUUGUCACCGGACUUCAAGAUCUCUGGCCAACUUUGCACGUCCAAUUACUAUAUGGCUAGUAUUAAAAUUACUAUGUCUACAUCAGACGGAACCUCCAAAUUCAACUUUAGCGAACACGAAUACCGCGAGAAGCGGACACCUAUACCCAAGAGUUACCUGAGUAUCCAAGAACUUCAAGAUUUGGUCCUUCAGAGGAGCUGGACAGAUUAUCUGGCUAUACUUCCUACUGAAAUACAUCCUACUCCUACCAGCGAUGGACUCUCAUCUUUACUCGCUGCACAAUAUGAUGGUGUUUCAGGGAUGGUCGAUGACAAAAACAUAGUAGAGAGGGCGAAAAAGUUGAAACAAAGAGUUUUUGGCGAAAUCCUACAACACUCACUCCUUCGACCUAAUUUAUCGCAUCCUGUUAUUGUCCAGGGUUAUGUCACAAGGAACGAGAAACGAGUGAUGGCUUCGAAUGGUAUCGCUAUCGCUUUGUCAUCAAUUCUAUUUGUUUCAUUUGGCCUCUCAAUAUUGGUAGCUUACUUUUCGAGUCUACGUCGUAGACCUCUGAACUUGCGGAAUGAUCCUGCCACGGGAGCAGAGGUUGCAUCUUUUAUCAUACUCCAUGAGGGAGUACGACCAUGUCUACAAGAUUUGGACCAAUCAUCAAAACAAACGAUGAUUAAAGUUUUACAGAGGAAAAAGUACAACACCGUUCCCGGCAUGUUGAACGAGAUGGUCCUUCAAGGAGCAGACACACCUGAAGAUACUACCAGUGGCACUGUUUUAAAAAAACAUCGCAAGCCAGCAGUACCCCGUUUAAGAACACUGGCAUGUUUAAAUCUAUAUUUAGCAGCCUUGUUAGUCGCGCUCCUGGUGAUGUACAGGUUUGCGCAGCGCUCUAUGCUUUAUGGCUCAGCUUUCCUCUACAGACCAAGCAUACAAGUGCACAACACACAUGUUUCGGUAGCCGCUCCAUUCUCUGUAGUAUCUACUCUGCUUGCCGUGGGGGUCGGACUUUGGUGGGGUGCAAUAGAUACGACUUUCCGCCGACUACAGCCCUAUAUAUCCAUAACUAAAGCACCGAAAGGGCUUAGUCAGGGAGUAGGCCUAUCUUACCAGUCCUCAUAUUGGCUUUGGGCUGCUACGAAGUCUGCCUCAAACGGACAUUGGCUUUUGUUUUUGAUAACACUUGGCGCCUCCCUAUCUCCAUGCCUUACUAUUUCCAUGGCAAGCAUCUUUCAACGAGGACAAGGAAGUUCUACCCACAACAUGGCAGCGGAAAGAACCCUUGAGAUCCGUACUGUUCCAAUUCUGGACGAAGUCAUAAUGCCUGGACCAUUACACUACGCAAGUCGUUAUGCUGCGUCUCAAAUUCAGAACAACCUAUUCUCCCAAUUCAAAACGAACUGGCUCUAUGAAGCCACUGUUAGACUUACACUAAACGGUUCUCGACCAGCUUGGAGCCAUGAUGAGUGGAGUUUCCUUCCAUUGGAUUUAACACAGUUUUCUGGGUUUGAGCACACACUCAAAGCCAAAAAGCACAAUGUUUUGGAAACCAGCAUUUCAGUUACCACCACAGCUAUUCGAGGGCAUAUUGAAUGCACUCCAUACGAAGGACUGGAUAACACAUCUACCUGGCUCAGGCACUGGGACCCAGCCAUGGCCUGGAAACCUCCAACGGACAACAGUGUGACGGAAACUCUGAUGUCUGGAUAUCUUCUGGGCACCAUACAUCCCCGGUAUAGCCCUGAAUUCACAGCAGAAUUUUUCAACACGUCGUUCCUGUCGCACGAUGCUAUUGUCAGGUGCUGCCUCAAUGAUACUAGCUCACCCUCUAAAGGAGUAGCUAUUGGCUACUGGUCACGCACUGGCCCAUGGAAGGAGAGCUCCAACUUUGAUCCUCUUACGUUGAAUAUGCGUCCAUCUAAUUUCACCAUCAAAUGGAUAUACGGAAAUAACGUGAUGAUGCUUGAAAACGACUGGUGUCAACCUCUCGGAGGAGACUGCCUGUUGUUUGAAGAUGUCCCUUCCGUAGAAGCGCUGCAGUGUAUGCCUCUUAUUGAAAUGGCCACUGCGGCUGUUACUAUUGAUCGGGUAACCGGAAUGGUCCAGUCGUAUACGAUCGUAGACGAACCUCGGGAGGCUACCGGCGCAUGGGACAAUGAUUAUGUUAACCAAAGUCAUUAUAGAGAUGACUUCAUUCAUGACCCUCAAAGUGAUUAUUUUCUAAAUAUCACAGUAAGUUAUGGUCAUAUCUUCCUUGACGCAAUGCUGGGAGCCUCCGAUCUUGAUAAUUUCCUGGACAGGCACGAUUUAUUUCGUGACCAAGAAAACUUGAGAGAUAAGACUUACAAUUUUCGAGACACAACUCGCGGUCUGAAUCUUGACUUCAUGACUUACUCAAUGUACUCAAUGGCAAAUGAAGAUCCAACGGCCUUGCUCGACGCACCUACAAUGGCAAAGCUUGGCCAAAAGACCUUUUCUACGUUCUUCCAACACUUUGUCAGCAACAACGUAUCGAUGGAAACAGGAAGCUGGGCGUAUCAAAAGAUCAACGAGAGCCUACCAUCAACCCUUGGGGAAACUCUGGGCUCUACAAAAAACGGUACCCGCUAUAAGGACGUCUUGCAUCCGAUUUCCAAUACGAACAUUACUACUGACGUCCGCAUAUCGGCGUCCAUCGAAGUGCUCCAAAUGAACUCGACAGCUGUUUGGAUCAGUGUGGCAAUCCUGAUAUGGCUUAUUGGGACAACAUUGGUUAUCGCGGCGAUGCAGCGGAGAUACUCAAAAAACAUGCUACGGGACGUUGAAUGCAUGGCGGAUGUCCUUAUCCUGGUUGCCGGAAGCGACAAACUUCUCCAACUGCUUCGACAGAGGGAUUGGGAAGAGUUGAAGAAAGAUCACAGUAUCAGGACGAAACUGGGGUUCUUUGAAGGGAGUGAUGGGAGACAGCGCUGGGGCAUUGAAGUGGUGGAUGAAGAUGCCUGAGACCGCUUAGAAGUUUUUUUUUUUUUUUUUUUUUUUUUUUUUU